GGCUGCUUUGCGCUAUUACAUCAGCAAACUCAGUCUUUCUGUAUCCGGGUCGGCGGAUCAUGAUGGCGGCCGCCGUGGACAAAACAGCCGGGAUGAGUAAAAUGCUGCAGUUUAUGAAACUUAUCGGACAACUGAAAAGGGUGCCGCGGACUGGCUGGGUGUACAGGAAUGUGAAGAAGCCGGAGAGUGUGUCCGACCACAUGUACCGCAUGGCCAUGAUGUCUCUGACCAUCACUGACCCCACAGUGGACAGGGACAGGUGCAUAAAGCUGGCUCUGGUUCACGACAUGGCAGAGUGCAUUGUGGGAGACAUCGCGCCAUCAGAUAACAUCAGCAAAGCAGAGAAACACAGGAGAGAAGAGCAAGCGAUGAAGCAUCUAACGAGUCUUCUUCCAGAGGCUCUCAGACAGGAAGUCUACGCACUGUGGGAUGAAUAUGAAACUCAGAGCAGUGCAGAGGCACGGCUGGUGAAACAGUUUGACCAGCUGGAGAUGAUCCUGCAGGCGCACGAGUAUGAGGAGCUGGAGGGAACACCAGGAAGACUGCAGGAGUUCUUUGACUCCACAGCCGGUCGUUUCCACCACCCGGACGUUCUCCAGCUGGUCAGCUCUAUGAACAAAGAGCGAGAAAGUCACAUGACCAACACAGAUGGCACAAGGACGUCUGAGCAAUCGCAGGCUGCUGAUUCGGCGCCUGAACAAGACCACACAACAUCACACACUUCCUGACUGUAACACGCACACAGUGAACAGGACUUCUCAGUUAGCGGACAGAGAUGCUGGAUUCAGACAAACUAUCUGUACAGGGACGCACAAGCUGUAAUAUUGUUUUUGUUUUGUCUAAAUCACACCAGUUCAUUGUUUUAGUCAUUGUUUUAUAUGUUUGCAGUUUACACAGAUUAUUGCGUAUUUUAAACCUGCAAGACAAAGUUCAAAGCAAAGACAGGAGAUUUUAAGUAGCGAAUGACUUUUAAGGAAGCGCUACGUUUGUUUUAGUUAAUUACAUAUUAUUUAGUAACACCAUUUCUUGAUCUUGUGUUUGUGACAGCUUGUGUUUUUCGGUUAUUUCAUACUAUGUACAUCUUUACUGUUUAUUACUUGAAUGUGAAUCAGGUAUGAAUCUAAAAAGGAUGCGCUCACACUUGGCUCCAGAAAGUAAACUUAGAGGCUUCAAAACCCAAGUUUGGCAUCGCAUUUAUAACUGUAGUGAGAGUCCUCAUCUUAACUAAUUUGGUGCUUUAAACUUUUCACCUGUCCUGGUGUGAUUAGAUCUGUGAUUGGCUGAAUGAAGGAGGAGGUGGAGUCUGCCUGAUAUCAGUAAUUGUCAAAGAUUCCUUCAGACUGAUCUCAGUCAUUCUGCAUUUUUAAAUUAGACAGAAAUUAUCUGCAAACCUUCCACAGUCUCUGAGACUGACUGGCAGAUGCGACUGUUUGCAGACAGCUUGCCUCCUAAAAGGUGACGUGUGCAAUCAUUGUGCAAUCAAGCAGUUGUGCGUAUGCAACACCUUCAAGCUUUGAGCAAGCAUUUAAUCACCUCAAGCUGCAGCUGGUUGCAGAAGAUGAAAAAAUCAAUACCAGACACCGAUUUCUUAAUAGAUGGAAGGAGGUUGUGGUCCUAUUUUUAUUCAUGACUGAGCUGUUGGCUUGCUCUGAAUUGGAAGGUAGCUUUGUUGAGCUAAGUGUGUCCAGUGAUUUUCUUUAGAGACGAUUUAAUAUCAGUUUGCUCACCAAACGUUGUCUCGUUAUGGUUGUGCACAAGAUGACCACUCUUCUUCAUAAUAAUCCCAGGGUAUUUUAAUUUAUCAAUAGAAUAUUGCUAUGUGGUGUCCCUGUAUUGAUACAAUAUUGCCACAAAAAAUAUUGCAAGACUA